AUGCACUCGCCCCAACAGCCGCCUCAGAGGCCAUGGUGGCAGCGCUCUGCCUCGUCCAGCAAACUCAACGGCGAGAGCAGCGGCCGGGGCAAAAAGCUGACGAGCCUGGCGAGCACGCUGGGCUUGAAGAACCGGAAGAGCGGCAAUCUGCGGCCGCCCAACAGCCCGCCGUCGCCUGUGCUGCCGUUGCACACGGGUCUGAUGGAGCCGCCGUCGCCGCGUGCGCGGCCGUCGAUGCCGAGCAGCUCGUCGCGGCCGACGACGCAGGCGAGCUGGGACGAGCCGCGGACGCCGAGCGACGCGGCCAAGCACGCGUCGCUGACGCAGUCCGUGCUGACGACGAGCGAGAUGGACCCGUUCGCGGCGCAGUACAUCCCCUCGUCCGCGUCCAUGCUCGAGUCCCACGCUCUCUCCGUAUUCGACGACGCAGACGAACACGACGACCGCGUGCCCGGCCACAAGGCUGACUUCACCCUCGCUUACAACAGACAGAGCUACACUUCCUCCUCAGAAGCUGACCACACCAACUCCCUCACCGCACCCCUCCGCACUCGCGCCUACCAUCCACACAUGCCGGACGUCCCCGACGAUGUCGGCACCUCCCCGCCUCUGCUCUCCCCCGCAUUCCCUGACGACGACUGGCGCCAUUCGCGAGCUACUACCGCUAGCGACAAAGUCAUCCGCCACGAGCAUUUCCUCCCGCUUGACGCCAUGAUGAACGAACCGCCUGUACCACAGAUACGACCCAGCGCGUCCGCCUCGACGCUCCGCAAGGGUCGACCCCGCGGACUCACAGACGUAAACCGCGUCAAUCCGAUGCCCCCCAGCCCGACGGUCGUCAUUCGCCAACCCAGCUUGCCGCGUAUGAUCCCGGCACCCCAAGCACCACCCCGCUCGAACCUCCCGCCUACACCCGCAGUGCCCAGCCAACAUCUGCGCGAACCCAGCCCAGGCGAUUCUUCUUCGUCUUCGGGCAUCUCCUUUGCCUCGUCAUCAGGCCUCCAUCCCCCGCCCGGACAAUUGGCCAAGGCGCUCAAGAAGGCCGUCUCUUCCCAUUCUCUGAGCAAACGCGGCUCCGGCUCUUCGACCACACCGACCUCUCCGCCCUACGAACCCGACCAUCCCGACCAUCCCGGCAAAGCCGUCAAGAAGCAACGAUCUUUCCAUCACGCACGCAUCCCACUCCCACCCUUACCUUCUGCGCUACGCCACACGGCUUCAACGGGUUCGGAUGUCAUGCCCACUCUUGCGCGGAACCCGAGCGCAUCUAGCAAUUCCCCCAGCGUGCUCUCCCAGACUAUGGGCUCUCCGCAACUUGGCGCUGCUCGUCGACGUUUAUUCUCCGGCUCCAGUCGCCGCUCGAAUAGUUCUGCGCAAAGAGAACGCGACGAUACAGAUGUCCGCUCAUUGUUCUCCCUCAACGGUGCCCCACCGGAUGAAGUACGGCGCCCUGGCAGAGACAGCGAGCUAUCCAUCGCCACGCAUACGACUGGAGCUGGCAGUUUUUGGGACGACGGCGAGCCCCCCGCCUCCCCCGGCGGCGAAAGAGAGAGGGAGAGAGACUACGCACCGCAGCAUAUCAUGGCGCCCGCCGACAUGCUCCGUCUCGAAGAGGCGCUCGGUGCCGACGCCACGGGUAGUCAAGCCGCCAAAUUCAUGCGCGAGCGUGGGAGAAGUUUCAAUAGUGUACGGACGAGCCAUAGCGGGACGUUCUCAGACGCGGCGGUCAGCACCGAGAGCGACGUACAUUUCCCGGGAAGUCCUCAGAGUACCCUUGGCAGCCCUUACGGGAGUCCGUACACUGGCACCAGCAGCCCGCGUGUCGGUGUUGGCAGCCCAACAUUCGGAACACCUCCGCAAGGCUUCGGCAGUCCACAUACUGGCUAUACUAGUCCGACUGGCCUCAGUCCGCAUAGCCCACUCGCGCCUUCACCCGUACUCUCUCGCUCUAGUACACGCAAUUCUCGGGAUAUCGGCCCGCCGCCUGUGCGUCGCGCAGACUCCCUUCUCCAGCGUACACUCGGUGUGCCCACGACACGCCCGCGUCGACCCAGCACGGCCAACGACGCACUCGAUUCGCCUAUAGCCCUAUCCCGUGGCCCUUCAAAUGCUUCGUCAAUGAUGUCCGCGCGGAGUAAUGGACUUCCGCCCCCGCCACGUCGUGCGCGCGUGCCGAGUGCCGGUGCUGCCAGCGCACCAGUGUCAAGGCGGACCAGUACCGUUCCGAUCCAGCCUUUAUCCCCGCCACCCAAAUGGCGCACUCCGCCUGGACCACGCUCCCGUGCACCAAGUGAUGCGUCCUCUCGUCCUCCACCGGUCGCGGGGUCAGGCGUACACAAGUCCAUCGCUCGUCGGCCGAGCUUUUUGGAAAUCGCUGCUACGGAGGAGGAUGAGGGCGCGGAGGGCGAGGAUGAGCACGACAAUAUCGUGCAGCGUGGCAGCCCUGAGGAAGAAGACUACGGCGUUGAGCUCCAAUCCGCACGGCGCCGACCCGCAGACUUAAGCAUCGCUACACCUCCCGCUUCAGUGCGUAGCAUGCGGGUUCCACAUUCGGCCGGUGCCGGCCCGCCGCCGCAGAGUGCUUUCAUGACUGGUCCGCCGAGCCUGGCGAGGGAGCCACCUGUAGUUGCCGUUGCAAGACAGCCGAGAGGGAGCAUCGACGAUUCUUUCUUGGAUAUGGGCAAGAGCUCUUUCGAGACUGUCCGAAGUGACGACGAAGAUUACGGGCGAUAG